AUGCUGGAGGAGCUGUCGGUGAUGGAUGCACAGGCGCAGCCUUUUGUCGAGUGGCUGGAGAAGGAGAAGGCCUCGCUGCUGGCGCGCCGGCGGAAGCCCAAGCCGAAGCAGCCCGAGGCGUCCGAGCCGGACAAACCGCCUGGCCAGUUUUCGCCGAAGGUGGCCGCCUCCCAGGAGGCUGGCGCCGGGGUGGUGAUCACGAAGCGCCUGACCCUGCAGCCAAAUUCGGUGACCGCUUCUCUGGUGGAGUCGGCCAAGGCCGGCGCAGGGGUGGUGAUCACAAAGCGCCUGACGCUGCAGCCCAACACCGGGCAAUGGCCAGUGGAGAGCCCACUGGAUCCCGAAAGAGUUGCGGCAGACAAGAAGGCGGAGGAGGCGCACCAGAAGAAGCUUGAGCUUCUGGCGGAGAUGACCCAAAAGCUCCAGGUCAUUUUGCAACGCCUCUCAGACAAGAACCUCUCCGACGCCAGCCGCGAGAGGUACCAGGGCAUGGCGCAGACGAUCCAGAGCCGUAUGGCGUCACUGUCGCAACACCCGGCGGAGAAGGCGGAGGCGCCCGAAAGCGCCGUCGAGGUCGAGGGCGCCUGA